GGUCUAGAGCAGCACAGGAAAAAUGAUAACGUUCAGUUGCCGCGUCGACUAGAUCCGAAGCAAGUCUGUGGCUUGUGAAUAGAACAAUACGGUGAAGUAUUUUCUGGCUGUGCGUGAAAAAUAUUCAAUAGUACCGUAAUCAGAUGAAAAGUCAUUCUUUCGGCAUCCUGCGGUUGGAAUUGUGAUUCAUCAACAUAGCAUUAAAAAGAGAUUGAUUAACUUUUCUCGAAUAGUUUGGAUUUUAUUUAACUAUAAUCUCGGCAGAAAAUUUUCUACAGUUCGCUACAAUAUGUUUUCGUUUAUCAGUAAAGAUCGUCGGCAGAGUCGAGCAUUUGUGGCUUUUAUCGUUUACAUUUCACUAUAUUUGGACAACAUGUUGCUGACCGUCAUCGUUCCCAUUCUUCCUGACUAUCUGGUACACUUUUACUCAAGCUCAAACACAACCAUUUCAAUCCCGCAGAGUGUGAUGUACAAAAAUUUUGAUCUUCACUACGUUCCAAACCUAAUUGGGGCCACCACUGGACAUAUAUCAUUCAAGAACCUUACGACAGCUGAUCGGCCAAUAUCGCUGGAGUCUGAAAAUGGCUCAAUUGGCAUUCUUCUUGCCGUUAAGGCACUCGUGCAGUUGAUAUUUAAUCCGAUUGUUGGAAAUGUCUCGACUAAACUGGGUUACAGUAUACCGAUAUCAUUCGGAACAUUCAACUUGCUAAUAGCGUCAAUGAUUUUCGCGUUUGGUCAGUCGUACGCGUCCUUGUUUGUUGCACGAGCCAUCCAUGGUGUAGGUUCUGCUUGUAUUUGCGUUUGUGGUAUGAGCCUGGUAGCUCAGUUGUACUCUGAACCGGAUAAGCGAUCGAAAGUGAUGGGCACUAUCCUAGGUAGCAUCGCUGUAGGCGUCCUGGUUGGUUAUCCCUUUGGCGGGAUCUCAUAUGAUAUUGUUGGGAAAGCUGCUCCAUUUCAUAUUCUAUCAACUCUUUGUCUGCUUGUUUUACUACUGCAAUUUAGUAGCUUGGAUUUUUCAAUACGUCAUCAAUCAUCAUCAGUAAUAGCUGAACACGGAAAUUCGAAAUGGCUACCCCUACUAACUGAUAGGCUGAUUCUUGUAAUAAUUGGUGGUAUUUGGAUCUCGACGUCGGCAAUGUCCAUUUUGGAGCCCUGCCUACCUUUGUGGAUGAUGAACGUAUUGCAUCCGAAAAAGUGGCAACUGGGAACAGUAUUUAUUCCAGACUCUAUAGGUUACUGGAUUGGAACUAACUUUUUCGGAGGAAUAGCUUACAAGUUUGGUCAAAUCAAAGUUGCAAUUUUGGCACUAACUUUGGUAGGAAUCUCUUGUAUACUAAUUCCAUCAGCAGUCACAGUUGUUGGACUUUUGUUGCCACAUUUCGGUCUUGGAUUGGGAAUUGGUGUACUGGAUGCGGCCCUUAUUCCUCUACUAGCAACCAUAGUAGAUAGUCAAUGCUCAAGUGACAACGAAAGCGACAUUUGUGAUUCAUCCCCUAACUAUGGAGCCGUAUAUGCCAUCCAACAAAUCGCUGUGAGCCUGGCCUACUCAUUGGCACCAAUCGUGGGCGGCGAGCUAGUGCCAUUGAUUGGGUUCCCUUGGCUUAUGCGAUUUAUCGGAAUGCUUAACCUUAUGUAUGGACCUCUAUUGAUUUAUUCCGGUAUUCGAGAGAGUGUUGCGAGUAUGCUUCAGCAACGAUGUGGAAUGCCGUUGACAUCUGUUGAGCUUGCUAAUUCUGAUGGGAGCUACAACCGAUUUUACAAUGCGGUGGAUUAAAAUCAUUCCCCCUCAUAGGAAUCAAAAAAUAAAUAUUUCACACCAUCAAUGAAAGAGUGAUCAUGGAAGCGGAAACGAUUUAGCAUCCUUAUCACAGCGCUACAUACGCGAGCAUGAAGAAUAAAAUAUUAGGUUGAUACGGGAUUGGAUGUUGCUGAAUGUUGUUUUGUUGUGUAAAUAUGCGAUAUGAAACGGAAUAAAAACGUGUGAAUGUGAUCGGAA